UAAAUCCAUCACAAACCUUCCAUUCUCUCUCAUAAAAAAAACCAACACAAACCUCCCAAUUCCCUCUCAUCACAAACACAAACCAUGGCAAAGAAGCCAAGCAUGGGUAGACAAAAGAUCAAGAUUGAAAAAAUCCUAGUGAAAAACCACCUCCAAGUCACCUUCUCGAAGAGGCGUUCAGGCCUCUUCAAGAAGGCGAGCGAGCUCUGCACCCUCUGUGGUGUAGAGAUCGGCAUCAUCGUCUUCUCCCCGGCCGGGAAGGUCUUCUCCUUCGGCCACCCCAACGUGGAGUCCAUCAUCGACCGCUACCUCACCACCCGCCCCCCUCUCCCCGCCCCCCACGACCCGUUCCACCUCCUUGAGGCGCAGAGGAACGCGGCCGUGAGGGAGCUCAACCUCCAGCUGGGGCACAUGUUGAGCGAGGUGGAGAGCGAGAGGAAGAGAGGAGAGAGCUUGGACGCGAUGAGGAAGGCCAACCAGAGCCAUUACUGGUGGGAAUCGCCGAUUGGGAAAUUAGGGCUCGAGGAGCUGGAGCAGGUGAAGGAGGCCAUGGAGGAGUUGAAGAAGAAUGUGAAUCGGGAGGCGGCCAAGCUCGCAGUUUACGCGGCCGGGAGAGGUGGGGUUUUUGAGCAGUAUGAGACGAAGCCGAGCCAAGGGGGUGUGGGGUCAAGUAUUAAUAAUAUAGCAGCGGCUGCUGCCGCGGCCGCAGCCGCCGCUAAUGGCAAUUUUGGAUAUUGCCAUGGAUUUUUUUAAUUUUUAUUUUUAUUUUUAUUUUUGGUUUUGGGGUUUGCCAGUAUCUCAGUGCAUAAGAGAGAUAUGGUGUGGUUGAUGGUUUAUUACUUCUUUUUGUGUGUUUUUUGAUCAUUUUGUGGUUCAUGGUUUAUGAAUUUAUUCUGAUCAAGAAUCGCUUAGAUAUUCUAGUUAUAUUGUAAAGGCAUUUAACC